AUGACGGUCGAUUGGCGCGUCUUCCUUCAGGAAGUCGUUCGCAUCCUGCUCAACCCCAAGACCUGGGUCGAUGUUUACUGGCCUGCUUCCCGCAAGUACUUCUUCUCCCUCCUCUUCAUCGGUGUCAUCUGUGCCAAAGCCCUUCACCUCUACUCUCACCUAAACUCCCUCACCCUCGGCCGCUUUCUCCUCUGGGGCCCGACCUUCUUCGUCCAAGAUGUCGUGUGCAUCCUCAUCGCGCAGAUCCUCUGCCAAAAAUUCCAUAGUCGCUGGUUCCGCGCAUUGGCCGCUCCGGUCAUGAUCUUCGCCAGUCUGAUGAUCUCCGGGCUUGCCGCCGCCAACAUCUCCUUCUAUAUCCAAACCGGUGCCGAAAUCCAUUGGCGACAGGCGCACUCCUUCCACCGCGACGCCGCCUCCGUCAAGACCCUCCUCACCGGUCUCACCGGCAUCGUCAUCGGCGAGGUCCUCUUUACCGCAGCCGCCUGGAUCAGCACUCCCUACCUCUACAAUUGGGUCCGCGGGGGCGUCCGUGUCCUCAAGGCCACCGUCGAGCCGCUGUGUAUCUGCUGCAAGCGCCGCGCCAAGACAAAUAAGAAGAACAGCAACAGCAGCAACUCCCCCGACUAUGAACAGGUGGCCUACGACGACUGGGACGAGGAGUCCGGCGAGUCCCAAUCCAUGCUGGAUCUCCAGGAUUCCAUGAAACCCUUGCCCAAAUCUUCGGGAUCGUCCAACCGGUCCAGGCCAUCUCUUCUCCUACGCAUCCUCGUCGGCUCGGCCGCCUUCGUCGUCCUUCUCCUCCGCUUCAUCCGGCCCUCGGAAACCGCGUACGCUUUCCUCUCGCAGACCGUCAUUAUCACUCCCUUCGAAAAGAUCGAGCGCGACCAGACCUCCGCAGUGGACGUACCCGAUCUGCCAGGCGACUGGAGCUGGCUCUUCAACCACACCGCUCUGGCCGCAACCCCGAAGCUGGAUUGGCUCCCGGAUAAGAAACUACCCGGUUUUCGCGAUUGGCGCAAGUCACAAAAGGACAAGGAAUAUCUGCAUUAUGACCCGGCUCAUGACCCGCUCAAGAUCUCCAAUCUUGACAAGGAGGUUCUCGAGCCGCUCCGCGACGCCCUCAAGGGUGGCAAGGUGAACAUCAAGCACGUCUUUUUGCUGAAGCUCGAGAGUACUCGAGCCGAUGUCUUCCCCUUGCGCAAGGAAUCUUACCUGGGCGAGCUUAUCCAAAAGUCGUACGGUGGAGAGAUCCCCGAUGAGAUCGAAGAAAGGCUGGCCAAUUUGACCCGCAAUGCGGCACGGUACACCAACACCCCGUCCGGUUUCAAUGGCGAAGAAGAUGUGAAGCCGUAUGGAGGUAUGUACAUGCGGAAUGCGUACACGGGUGAUACUUUCACCCUGAAGAGUAUUCUGGCUAGUGUCUGCGGCAUUGCACCAUUGGUGGUCGACUUCAACCGCGAGUAUCUGCACCACAUCUACGAACCUUGCAUGCCACAGGUUUUCAACGCCCUGAACCACCUUUCCAAUCAUACCCACGACGGGGCGAAGUCGGACGAUUUCACCACCUGGCCCUGGCAUUCGACGUUCAUGCAGAGUAUCACCGACAACUACGACAACCAGGACCUGCUGAUCCCGGCACUCGGCUUCAAGGACAAGGUCACCGACAAGAAGAUCACCGAGGAUUACAAGGCGAAGAAUGGCACGGCUCCGGAAAAGUACAACUUCUGGGGCUACCCCGAGCACGAACUGCGGGAGUACUUCCUCAAUGCCCUCAAGCAUGCCGAAAAGAAGCACGAGCGGGUCUUCCUCACUCACCUCACUGGUCAAACACAUCAUCCGUGGGAUAUGCCUGCGGGCGACGAGUAUGAGGAAUACAUCCACUCUAGCAUGUUCAACCACAAUGGCAAGGUGAACCGCUACCUCAAUACCCUCGGAGUGGCCGACAAGUGGCUCGGUGAGGUUGCCGAGGUACUGGAGGAAGCCGGUGUGGCCGAUGAAACCCUUGUUGUCAUGGUCGGCGACCACGGCAUCUCCUUAAUCGAGGACGGUGGUGUCACCCCCUACGACAACCCGCAUGUCUCCAACUUCCAUGUUCCCUUGGUGUUCUCCCACCCAAAACUGCCACCAAUCAAUAUCGAUUCUCGAGUCACUUCGAUGCAGAUCCUGCCUACGAUCUUUGAUCUUCUGGUCGAGUCUGGCUCAUUAGACAAGGAGCAGACCAAGGCUAUCCAGGAUCUUCUGCCUCUGUAUGAAGGUCAGUCGAUGAUCCGCGAGACCGUUCCCGCGAAGGAUGGCAAGCGUGACUGGCAAUUCACUGUCAUGAAUACCGGAGCGACUUGGCUGGCUCUGCGAUCUGCCGACAAGCCCUACCGCCUGGUGAUCCCGCUGGUACCCGACGUCGAAUGGCGAUUCUCCAACGUCGACAUCGACCCGCACGAGCUGGACACCCAGCAGUCAUUCAACCUGCUCCCGCUGAUCGACCAAGUGGCCCGAGCCCACGAUGAAGAGGCGGUUGACUGGGUCAAGGAAGCUGCCCAGGUCACCAAGUGGUGGGUUAGUGAGAACUGGCGUCGCUACGAGUACGAGCCGGAAUCAUGA